AUGGCAGAUCGAUUAACCCAACUCCAGGAUUGCCUGGAUGAUCUGGCAACCCAAAUGUUCGCAUCAAUCCGCUACAUCCAAACACGCCAUCAAUACGGCGACAUCCCAGGCCAACCGGACAUGUCCGACCCAACCCCCAACGCCCCAGCACCUCUCCAACCAAACGCCGCCCCCGACACCCUCACAGCCACUGCCGCCGAACAAAACCCUGCCCUCGCCAACAACCCCGAAGCCUCUGCUCUGGAAGGUCAAGACCCUGCGCAAAUCGGCCCUGAUGAUCCUGCUACUUUCCAAGCUGCUUUGAAGGAACUGGCUAGGGAUUUAGUGCUCAAAGAACAGCAGAUUGAAUAUCUGAUCUCUGUGCUGCCGGGUAUUGGCGAGAGUGAAGCGAAUCAAAGCCAAAGGAUACAAGUCUUGGAGAAAGAGCUGAGAGAGGCCGACGAGGAGAGGAAGAAGGCCUUGGAAGAAAGAGAGACCAUGCUUGACAAGCUGGGUGCUCUGGCUGGAGAGUGCAAAAGGGUCUAUUGA